AUGUACGAUGCCUCUACAGACCCGGAGGACCACCUUUCGGUCUUCUUGACGCAUAUGCGCCUGCAAACCGCCGCGGAUGAGGUCCGCUGCAAGACCUUCCCUAUGUUCCUAAAGGGGAAGGCGCGGCUCUGGUUCCAGGGGCUGAAACCGGGGUCUAUACGGAGCUUUUCUGAGCUGGCCCGGCAGUUUGCCGCCCAGUUCGUCUCCUCGAAGGUCUACGCGAGGAACGCAACUCACCUGAUGUCCAUCAGACAGAGGCCCGAUGAGUCGCUGAGAAAUUUCAUGACCCGUUUCAACGCGGAGAGCCUGCAGGUCAGGGAGAAAGACGAAAAAGUGGUCAUGGCCGCCUUCACAAAUGGGCUCAGGGUAGAGGAGCUCUUCUACGACCUGGCCAAGAAGCCUCCCGUAAACCUGGAGGAGCUCCUACGCAGGGCGCAUGAGGCCGCUAAUGCGGAGGAGGCAGGUCGUUUGAAGAAAGAAUCAGAUCGAGAGCUCGAAGAUCGGAAAGGUCGGACAAACCCCCCGGAGGGCAAGGACGUCCCGUCCAAGAAAAACGUCUUCGACCGACUCUCAAAGGAGAAGGCCCCUGCUCUGCCGCCACUCCCAGAGAAGACUUACACCCCUCUAACACGGCCCAGAGCUCAGAUCUUGGCGGUUAUGGAGGCGGAAGGACUGGGAGAUCGGCCGCCCAAGAUGGGGACGCCCCGGAACAAGAGGAACCAGGACAGAUACUGCGAAUCCAGAUCCGAGCUGCCAAGUACGCCUACGCUGGGAGAACCCUUUAUCGGAAGUCGUACUUGUCCCCCUGGCUAA